AUGAUUGAGAUUUAACCUGAAAAUAAGGAAAGAAACUCUCCUCCAUAAUCACUUCCCUCUUAGAAUCUUAAUACUGAAGCACAAAAUUUAUGCUUGAAAGAAGAUGUUAAGAGCAUAACAAAAGUCGAAGAUAUAAUGACUUAGGAAAAGCGCAAAGGUGCUUCUGUUUUGAAUGCUACUGCUAAUAUAGUUAAAAGUGGUUUAGGUACUGGUAUUUUAUUUAUGCCAUAUGGUUUUAUGACAUGCGGUGUUGUCCUUUCUACCUUGUUCAUGAUUAUUACUGGUAUUAUUUGCUACUACUGCUGGAGUAUUCUAGGUAGAAUUAUCCGUUAAAAAGAAGCUGAAGGAGGAAACUAAGGAGCUUACAAAGAUUUAACUCUUGAACGUGUUGCAGGUUUGAUUUUUGGAGAUAAAAUAAGAGUUUUACUAGAAGUUAUCACUUUAAUAUUCAUUUACGGAACAUGUAUCGGAUACACUAUCUUCAUUCAAUAAUCUAUCUCAGAAUUGAUCUCAAACGAAAUAAUAAUUUAAGUAAUAGUUUUUGCGAUCUACUUCCCUCUUUCUCUUUUUAAGAGAAUUUAAAACUUAGGCAUAUUCAGUUAUCUAGCUUUGACAUCAUUUAUAUUUACUAUUACAGUUAUCAUCAUUAAAUCAUGCUAUUAAAUCUAAAAUUCUCCUCCAGUAGAUUUUGUCGUUAAAAUUUUUGAUAUUCAAACUCUUCCUUUAUAUUUUGGUGUCUUUGCUUUUGCAUAUGAUAUUAAUGGUGUCAUCACAGAAGUACAUGCUUCAAUGGAAGACAAAACCAAAUUCGACAUUGUAUUAAGAAGAUAUUUAAUUUUCUCAUGCUCACUUGCUAUUUUAAUUGGUAUGCUAGGAUGCUUUGCUUUUGGAAAUGAAACAAAUGCUGUCAUUUUUAAAAGUCUUGGAAGUAUGAAAGGUCUUGGAGAUGCUCUCUCUUGUCUAUACAGCUUCUCAUUGGUUGCUAGUAUUCUAUUAUAUGGUUUCCCCAUAGUUAAUUGCUUAGAUGGGCUUAUAAAUAAAUAUAUCAUGAAAAAGUCAAAAGAAGAUAAGGUCAAUAUUAUAUUCAUGAUUUUCACUAGAUGCCUCUUCUUCCUCUCUAUUUCAUUUUUUGGAAUCUAUAUUUAGUAAAUCACAAACGUUUUUAACAUUCUUGGUUGUGUGUUCUCAGUAGUUUUGAUUUUUAUAGUUCCUAUGCUUAUGUUUGAAAAAUAAAGAAGACUUAAAGAAAGAUACGUUAAUUAAUUAUCAAACGCUGUUUAAAUUAACAUUACUCCAGAAAUCAAAGAAGAAAAGUAAGAAAAAACCCCAGAAGCUCCAACUAUUACAGAGAAUCAUUUUUCUCUAUCAGAAAAUAUGAGCAAAUAGAAAUUCUACUUUAUCACCUCAAUAAACUAUUUGGUAAUGAUUUUUGGUGUUACAGGUGGUGUUUCUGGUUUAGUAUCUACUAUCAUUGAUAUUCAAUCUCAAUAUAGCUGA